AUGGAUGAAGACAAUGCUCAUGAUAUCUAUAAAUAUAUUUGUAAAAAUGUCUCUGAAAACGAUGAAAAUGUCUCUGUGACCUAUAAAUCCAAAACUUUCUCUGCCAAGCUUUAUAUUCAUGGAAAUAUUCUUUGUUGUAAUGCUACUCAUGAAGCACAAGAGCCUUUGAUCUUCGUCUUAGAAGGAGCCACUGUUCGUAAAGAUGAAACAGACAAUACGACCUUAGUCUUGGCCUUUGCUGACGCUCAAGAAAACACUCGCCUCCAAUUUAGUGGUGACGAAGCUCUUGAAAAAUGGAUUGUGCAGAUUGCCACUUGUUCUCAUCAAAUGCUGAGAGCUGAACUUGAUGAGUUAGCAUACAAAUUCUACACCAUGUCAACACAGAAUGAUCCUUCUCCUGAGUCUCCGUCAACAUUCCACAGCUUCUACUUGGCUAAUCCUUACCGAUUCACACAUAAUUUUGCCAUAUCUCAGCAAAACAGUUUACCCGCUAGACGGAUAGUAGUAGAAGAAUCAUUAUGGGAAUCCAAACUAUCCACGUUGUUACCUACCGAAAUGAUAAAAUCAUAUCGAAAAUGGAACACUGAAUUCGCUUACUUGUUGGAAUCACGACAACGCUCAUGGCCUCAUUAUGCAAUACCAGCUCUUCAUGAAGUUCUGAGAGAAGUUCGUGAAACUGGUGAGACAUUUGAACAAUGCUAUGAGUUCAUGAAUACUUAUUCGGGUCCAUCCUUCCGGAAGUCCACUGAAAAACAUCGUAUUGCCUUUGCAAACGUGCCUACUAAUCUUCAUCUGCAGAGUUUUGGUCUUUCAAACACCGCUCAUAAAGAAAUACUAACAUGUGGGACAGCUUCAGCUGUUCCUUUGCGAUUCCAUAAUGGUGGCCUGAGCAGAUUAUGCACAGCAUUAGAAGUUGAUCCUAACUACCACGACUAUGCUUUUUGGAGUAAGAGACAAACGAUUCUUAGUUUGAAGAAAAAUAUCGGAGAGCUCAGUCAUCGUUUGGAAACUGAAUGGAAGAUUGCUGAUUUCGGAAAACCUGAUAAGGUUUGCUUAGAAAUGAGUGCAGGGAUCAAGCAGGUAUAUGAAGGUCUGAAAGACUCGGUUGCUUGGUCAAGCAGCAUAGAGGAGUGUGCGGAUAUUCUUUUAGAAGAAGAUCGACGAAGAGCUGAUCUUGGAAUCAAGACGGAGAACAGAGUUCCGGAUAGUCUGAGAAAUCAGAUCGACACCAUUGAUGCCAUGUUGAUUAGUCUGAACACUAAAAUAGCUGUUAUUGAUACUUUGGAUGAUGCACAGGCUGAGCGAAGAAGUUAUGAAAAGAGUGCUCGUGAGGCUCUCUCGAAUUGCCUUGAUCUACUUUUGAUUUUUGCUGAUUCACUAUUAGAAGCUCAGUUCUUCGGACUCGUUUUAUCAUUGAGUAAGCCAGCAGUAGCUCAUAACUAUUUCCAUAUUCAGCUCAGAUCGGAUUUCGUAUUGUCGCAGGUGGCUACAAUAGCAGCGACCGCUAUUUUGAGUAGAAUUAACUGUGGUUGGCUAACUAAUGGAGGAGUGGCUGCAGAUUUACUUCUUUGUGUUUUCUCUUUUCUGUCAGCGUAUGGUGAUGAACGAGGUAUGGCAGAAGAUGCGUGGGAAGCUUGGAAAAUUCUCUUUGCACGUGCUGAGUUCAUCUUGGUUCGAGCUCCUUCGACUGUCUGCAGAAAUUGCAUUCCUAUGAUUAGUGGGUCUCGAAACAACAUCAAGAUUUCAAUUCCGUUACCUCAUGACACGUAUGAUAACUUACCUCAGGAGUUGAAAAAUAAAUCUUCAAUUAAAGUGGAAGCUUGUUUCUUCAAUACUGGAGUAAAUCAUGAAGCCACUCUGGGACAAUCAUUUGGUGGUAUCGCCUUCGAAACUGCAAUCAACCAGGAGGGAGCAGAACGCCUGAAUAAUUAUGCUAACAGAGUUGAUUGUUCUACAACAGCUAGAGAACUUGUCGGACAAUUAGUUACAGCUGUUGCUCAAGAACCAUCACGUAAAAACUUACAAAUUUUUGAAUAUGGCUCUGCCGCUUGUGAUGCUCUCAACGGGGUUUCUGUUCUCUGUUGUAAGAGUGGGAAAGAUAGGACCGGCAUGGCUGCAACCCUAGCUCAGGGAUGGACAUUGCAGCAGACAUGUGGUCUUAAUGCAUCUCAAGUUAAUGAAGUAGUUGUUUCCUUGCGGAAAGACGGUGUUCGACGAGAGAACUGCCGCAAGAAUGUUGGAAAGAACAUCUAUUCGUUCAGUCCAUUCCAAAUGCACUUUUUACCAAAAGCUUUCCGGCCACCAACGGGUACUUACGCUCAAGGCGUCGCCAGUUAA